UUUUUAUUUUGUUUUCCUCUGCUAUUUUAGGCUUUUUAAAUAUGUAAUUCAUUCUACAUUUUUACCAGUUUCGUAUUCGAAUGUUGCACCUAUGACGUCGUCAUGACGUUUAGCAAGCAGCGCAAGCAGUCAGCUGUUUUUUGUUUGAAGUUGAGCGUCUGGGAAGUUUGCUGCCUGUGACCACAUACAAAGCCAAAGUGGAAUACGUAACAAGAACAGACAUACAUUCAAAAGGACUGUGAUGAAAUCUGAGGCACACGGUGUUCGCGUGGCCCUCGUGCUGGUUUGCGUGUGGACAUCCUGAUGUCAGCUCUGGGUGAGGGCCAGCUGCCUGUGUUUGUCUUCCCAAAUGCCAUCACCUUUUGCGCGGAUGACCAGGCUACCCACAAGCAACUGCUCACUCUCUACAACCCGUAUGACUUCCCCCUCACUUUCAGAGUAUUAUCCACGUGUCCACGGAAGUAUGUGGUUGUUGAUCCUGAGGGGACCAUUAAAUCGAGGUGUUGCGUCGACAUCGUGAUCCGACACAAUGCUGUCAGUGCAUCUCACUGUGGCGUCACAGACAAGUUCCGUAUUCAGAUUCAAGAACAAGGCCGCCGCCGCACUGUCUUGGGAAGACGAGAUGUGCCCGCAUUGCUCGUAGCCAGUGCGGCUGAGCUUGCGCCCUCCGCCGGUGGACAAGGAGUCGAAGGGACCGAGCAUUUUGAGCAGCUACCCUCUCCGCAGCCUGGAAACUUGCCCUUACUUCACGCACAGCAUUAUGCACUGGAUGCUAGAGGUAGCCGAUUAGCAACAAGCCACAACGUUACUGUUAUGGCAGCAGCUGUGGCCUGCUUCGUGGCACUCAUGCUACCCACGGAUGGAGAGCGAAGCUCUUCUCUGCCUAAGUACCUCCACCUGACUGUCACCCAGAAAAUGAUUGCUGCAUAUAUUCUUGGACUUGUGACGAUGGUCAUCUUCAGGGCCUGAGUGACUCAAGGCUCUUGUCAUUCCUUUCUACAGGAGAGUUCUGCAAGAGAGGGAAUGAUACAUUUUCCUCAACUCAUUUGUUUGUAUUGUGUUUGUUUGUCCCUCUUGUAAAGAGUUUUGUUUUAUGCACGCUGCAUUUUUAUUGUCUUGUAAAUUAUUUUUUAGGAAUUUUAAUAAAAGUCGUUUUGAUACA